AACGGUUACCAAGCAAAAGGAAAAGAAACAUCAAGAACUUCAUCGUGAUUAACUUUUGAUAGUUUUUACUCAUCCCUCUCGUGUUUUACAUAUUCUCGAGCCGUUAGAUAUUAUAUAUUUCGUUACAGGAGGAAACGAAAUAAUGAGCUGAAUGCUUAGAAACUUGCUGAAUAAGUAUAAAACUUGAAUAGAUGGCCUUGUCACGCAUGAGUGUGCACGAUCUAAUGGGAAAUACCCACAACAAAGGAAGGACAAAAAAGAAACAAGUUCUUGGAAAGGAAGGUGCAAGCACCUUUCACUCCAGAGAUGAAAGUGAUCAUGUUGAUGAGAUAUAUGAUCAAGGAUUAAGACAUUUUCGUGAAUCUGAAUUGAAGAGGCAGGAAGACAUGCGAAAGAUUAAGCCUCAGAACCCAAAUUUAGAUGUCAAAAAGGAAGGAGAUGUACAAGAGGAAAGGAAUGCACAAACUGUGCAUGGCACUAGCAAUGGUACACUUUCAAGUGAUCUAUACCAAGGUUUAUCAAAUCUUGUGAUGGAAGAUCAGGAUAGAAAUCUGCAUGAUAAUCAUGCUUCGCCUCAAGAUGCUAUAUCAUGCAAUGAUGGAAGGAAUCUAAAUAAUGCAUCUGAUGAUUGCCAUGACCUCAGUCAGGAACAGCAAAGUGGUUUGAACCAAGCUAAUGGUCCAAGUGAUGUUGCUGAUGGAGCACCAGUGACAGAUCCUAGUAUUCAUGAACUUGAAUUGAGAGAGUCUUGCAUACCAAACUCUUUAGGUCCUGGUACUAUGUCUUAUACUUCUAGUUAUGAAAAACCUGAUUCUAACCCUAGUACAAAUACAAAUUGUGGGAUUGAAGCAGCUGAGAGCAUUAGGAAAACUCCAGCUCAUAAGAAAACUCCCGAGGAACAGAAUGAGCAUUCCCCUACUUCAUCUGUACCUCCAACACCUCAGCCAAAGAGCGAAUCAUGUAGUCCUGAAACUUCACAGAUUGUUCCUGGUGGACACCUGAAAGGAUCAGGACAAGAUGAAGAAGCAGAGAAAAAGAAAAGUCCUGAGCAGUUGAAAGUGUUAGAAGUGGUGAGAGAUGGAUCCGAAUUUUCAGACAAGCUCUCUAAAUAUUUGGAUCGUGAGAUGAGAGUAAUAAAAUGUUGGAAGCAUCUGGCCUAUGUUUUAUGUGUCCCCUCUGAUGAAACCAGGAAGUUUGAAAUGUAUUCUGAGCACAGCCCUACAGAGGAUUUAUUUGUUUAUCUCGCUGAAGUCUGGCAUCCUGAUUUGAAAGUCAAGGAGCUUAAGCAGAAACUCCAGAAAAUUCAUCGCAAUGAUUUGAUCGAAAGCUUGAACACGGGACUUUUCAAAGAUACAAUGAGUGUGGGUGAUCUCAUCUCUGGUGAAACUAAGUUCAUUAAAUUACUGUCACCAAAACUUGACAUAGACUCGAGAACCAUUGGAAACUGGAGAUCUUUGGCAUCAGAGUUUGGUAUUAGAAAACAACAG